AGAGAGAGAGAGAGAGAGAGAGAGAGAGAGAGAGGUCAGUCGUGAUGAGCGGAGAUUGACUCCUGGUGACGCAAAGAGAGACCGAGCAGGGUGAAAGGAGGAGGCAGACAGAAUGGCUGCCCGGUGCCGCAGCUCCAAAUGCACCGUAGAAAGGAACGGAUUCAAGCGGGAACUCGAUACCUGGCGGCACAAACUGAUCAACUGCGUCGGGUUCGAGAGCAUUCUGGAGGGAAUCUAUGGCCCGUUGCUGCUCAGAGACCUUAAUAUUUUUGAUGACUGUGAACCCGAGGAGCUAGAGGACUGGGCAGUGAAGGCCAGUUGUUCCUUCUGCAGCCUGCUGAUCAAUGACCAUGUCCCAGUGGCCGCCUCCCCUCAGACGACACGCCCUCCCAAGCCCCUUCCCUCUCAGACAGCAGCCUAUCAGCUCACAGGUUCCUCCACGCUGUGUUCCAUAAGAAAGAGCUGGCGUCCAGUGGAGACCCUAACGUCCCUCUGGUGGCCCAGGAACUGAUGAAGAGGAUGGUGAGGCAGUUUGCCAUGGAGUACGCCUCCAAGACACGCCUUACCACCACCACAGGCUCCCAGCGUUCUGACCUCGACUCACCUCUAGACCUCACUGUGACACGGAACCAGGAGGAGGAACCCACACCAGCGGACAGUGUGCUCGACCUCUCCAAGCGGAACUCUGCCAGCUCGGCCUCCACGUCACCAACCAUUCACAAAGCCUCAGGCUCCCUGUUGCCCCCUGUUACGGAUGAACCCCAGAGGGAAGCAGAGGAUGCUGGGAUGCCCGAUGCCCCAAGUGGGAGGAGUUCUGCUCUGGAAGCGGUACGCUCCACGUUAUGCCCCGCCCAUCGCUCUCUGCUCCAGCGAAUCCUGAGGCUCGCCCACCAGCAGCACCGUCUAUCAUUGGCCUACAGGGACGCCCAUCGCCGCCUCGUCCCGCCCCCAGACCCUCUCUGCGGCCACCUGGUGGCCAAACAACAGGACGACACUGCCUCUCCUCCUUCCUUCACUGGCUGUUGGAGCCGUAGUGGAGCCACGCGUCCGACUGACUGGAAGACACCAGGUGGUCCAGGCUGUUGCUGCUGGCUGCCUCCUGUCUGUUUCUGCCUCCAGAGCCUCCGCUGCCUGUCCUGCCAGAGCCUGUCCCUGGGACACAUCACCACUGGGGUUCGCUCCUCCUCUUCUCUGUGCUCUUUCACGUCCUCCUCUUCUCGUUCAUCCUCCGCUCUGUGCCCUAAUCCCUCAGUCUGUCCCGUGGCCUCUGUCUGUUGCUCCAACCCCCAGCCCUGCACCUCCUGCUGCUCAGAACACACCUACCUGGCCCCGGUCAGACACACAGCCCCGGGAGGAGGAGGAGGAAGCGAGUGCCCUGUCCUCAAGAGAGAGCGAUCCCGCACCCCCUCUCCUCCCCCCCUCUCCCCCAUACCCUCAGACAUGGACGGUAAGGAGGAAGACAAGCCUCCCUCUCUUCUGCAGCAGGAGGGGGAAAAAGAGGAGGAGGCUGGGUGUGGUGGGGCGGUGGGUGAGGACAGGGAGCAGCAGGACCUGGUGGAGCGUUUCAGUGACAAACUAAAGACAAUCAGACCCCAGGAGAAGGAUCCUCCACUCAGCUCUGCCUUAGCCAAUCACAACCUAGAGAAGGAUCCCCACCUGACGACCUCGGCCAAUCAGCACAUUGCAGAGUCCCAGGCCGACGCCCACCUGAGUGAGAUCAUCACCACCGUUCUGAACACGGGUGGCGGCAGCGACUACAGCCUAAACGACAUGUUGCAUCACCAUGACAACAACGAGAGCCAGCCACCUCGGACGCGUUCCCGGCGGCGACAGGAGGCCCUGGCUGCCAUGGCGACUUUGCCCGACCAGUCGUCCACCCGGCGCCAGACUUUGCUAAUCAAACGGGAGCUGGCCAGGCUGAACCAAUCGCUGGGCAGGAGGCUGUCGCUAGGGAAGAACAAGAGCCGCAGUGCCACGCCCUUUUCUACCUGCUCCUCACCUGAACCAACCCCUGUUACAUCAGAGAUAGACAGAAUCACAGAGGAGGAGGGUGAGACUGGUAGAGUGAAGGAGGGUGAGACUGGUAGAGUGAAGGAGGGUGAGACUGGUAGAGUGGAGGAGGGCGAGACCGGUAGAGUGAAGGAGGGAGAAACCGGUAGAGUGAAGGAGGGCGAGACCGGUAGAGUGAAGGAGGGCGCGACGGAGAAGGUGACAGCGGAGAAGGUGACAGCAGAGAAGGCAGGUCCAGUGAGAGUCACGAAGGAUAGAGUCGGCAUGAAGGAGGAGAUGGAGAAACCCCCAGUCCUCUCCUCUACACAACAGAGUCCCCCGCAGGAGGACCAACACAAACCAGAGAGCUGGAACAUCACCUGUCAGGAUAGCAGUAGGAGUGACCUCCCUGAGAAGAGGAGAGAGGAGGAGUCACCAGGUAGUACCAGCAGUGGUCUUCCUGAGAGGAGUAGAGAGGAAGAGGAGGAGUCACCAGGUAGUACCAGCAGUGGUCUUCCUGAGAGGAGUAGAGAGGAAGAGGAGGAGUCACCAGGUAGUACCAGCAGUGGUCUUCCUGAGAGGAGUAGAGAGGAAGAGGAGAAGUCACCAGGUAGUACCAGCAGUGGUCUUCCUGAGAAGAGUAGAGAGGAAGAGGAGGAGACAGCAGGCAGCAGCAAGGACAGUAGCAGAGUGUCAGCCAGGAAUAGCCCUUCCCACCCCUGCAGAACCAGGAGAGGCAGCAGGUCCCAGCCAGGCUGCAGCAGCCAGGUGGUGGUGGGGAGGAGCAGCGAGGCUGGGAGGUCCAGGAGGAGCAUCGUCCCUCCCCAGCGGUUCUCCUCCUACAUCACAGAGCCCAGGAUGAUGUAUUCUGCUGCCUGUUUCUCAGAGAGGAUCUUCUCCGCCCAGAGGGCGCCAAAGGAUCGGCAACCACUCAAUGCCCCCAACACCAAUCGCACAGACUCCCCGUCCUCGGACACAGACACGGCUGAGGGGUUGGGCGAAGCAAGAGAAGAGGAAUUACCGCUGGCAUCCAGUCCUGAGGAUGUCAGUCAGGAGAGGAGGGGAGGCAGAGGCUGUAGAUCAACAGCAAGAGGUCAGAGUUCAGACCGUGAGUCACAGAGACGAGGUCAGGUGAUUCCCGUCACUGCUGCUUCCUCUGAGCAGCAGAGUCCCCCUAAACAGCGCUCCCAGAACAGGGCAGACGUUAGGCUCAGAGCAGCCAAACCUUUUGGGCGCUUACGCUCCUCCCACUCCGGCCAACAGUCCCAACCAGCGAGCCCUCAGACAGCCUCCAGGCCAGAGGUCCCCACUGGUCAGCCUCAGUACAUCAGCCCCAUCAAGCUGAUGUUUGUGUCUGCAGUAGUGGGUGAGGAGGGGGUGAGGUACACCCUGAAGGCGGCUGCACCAGGAUCCAGCUGGCAUGGACAGGAGACCUUUGACCCCUGUGAGGAGUCAUCGUGGGCUGGAAGUCCAGAGAAGACCCCAGAGAAGACUCACAAUCCACCGAAGACCAGGAGUCCACCGAAGACCAGGAGUCCCCUCCAGACCAGGAGUCCACCGAAGACCAGGAGUCCCCUCCAGACCAGGAGUCCACCCCAGACCAGGAGUCCACCCCAGACCAGGAGUCCCCUCCAGACCAGGAGUCCACCGAAGACCAGAAGUCCACCGAAGACCAGGAGUCCACCCCAGACCAGGAGUCCACCCCAGACCAGGAGUCCCCUCCAGACGAGGAGUCCACCCAAGAACACCAUAUCGUCAUCACCAAAGCUGUGUGGAACGACGAGAGGAGGAGAGGGGGGUAGCCCGCCAAAACGCUCUCCCGGGUCCCAGAACGGAGAAGGCUCGCCUCCUUUUCGUGAAACCACCCCCACAAAGCGACGUCCGGGACGUCCCAAGAAGCUGGGCCCCCAGCUGGAGAAGAGGGCCAAGAGGCCGAUCGGCCGCCCGCCCAAGCAAAGGGGUGUAGAGCUGAGCUGUGGCUCCAGGCAGGGUGGUCAGGAACAGUCCAGUGGAGUUCCUUUAGGCUGCAGCACCGGGGAGGAGGGCAACGAGGAGAGAGACCCAGCCAACAGGAACCUGAAGAUCACCGUGGUGUACGGACGCUCCCACAGGACCAAGAGGACAGUGUCGGAGGAGGCUGCUUGUCUCCAGGCUACAGAGCAGCUGAUGGAUCUGAACUUCGUCAGACCGGUGAAGGAGAAGAGGUUCGCUCCCCACGCCAGCAACAGCAGCAACAUUAUCAAGUGCCAGAAGCUGCAGUGUACCGCGGCCAUGCGUCGUCCAGGGAGACCCGCCAAGGUCAAGAUCUCCGGAAUCUCCAUUACCGUCACCACCACGUCGCCGGGGAAACGCAAGAUCCACAUGAACCGGGACAGGAAAUCUCCGGAGAAGCUCUGUCAGCGGAAAGCCCUCCUUCCUGAACCCCAGCCUUCCAAAGAGCCCAGGAAAAUCAGCAGCACGCCGACUAGCGAGGACGCCUCUCGGAUGCAGAUAGAGAGAACGACAGAGUCCAAGGAUGGAGCGAUGGAGCGACAGACCCAGACUCCGCCUGUGUUGGCAGUGCGUCACUCUGUGAGAGUGAGGAAGCCUUCAGUGUACCUGCUUCACUCUGUAGCCACCUCCACCUCUAGGUCCCUGAGCCACAGUACCGCCCUGCUGCGCCGAUCCAGACAGCUACUGAUCAACAGGGCCAGCAGCAAGGGCAGCCAUCGCAAGAGGAAGGAGGAGGGAGGAGAGGACACCCCAGGGCGGGAGGAGCUGCUGUCCGGGAGGGAGGAGAGUAGGAGCGAGGGAAGAGGAGGGGUGUUGUGUGAGGACCUGAGCCAGGUAGCGGGGGUUUCGGUAGACUCCAUUUUCCCGGCCAGCUCCAGCGAGGCGUUGAGGUGGUGGCCCGUCUCCUCCGACCAGGACAGCCUGAACCAAGAGCUGGCUCGCAGGAUCCGCCUCAUAUCCCAAAGCUGGGUCGCUGCUGCUACCACCCACACCACCAGGACGGGGACGAUCAUGUCCGCCAAGCAGAGACUCGACGACGACUCUUUGUCCUCCUGGAAGCCAGAGGUUGGGUCGGCAGUGCGGCUGCUGUUUGACCGGCGCUGCAGCGUGGAGAGGCUGGCCUCCUGGUUCAUGCAGACCACUGAGACUCAGUCUCUGGGCAUUGUGAAAAAGACCAGCUCCCGAAACCCCUAUGAGCUCCUGCACUACCCCCGGAACGCCAGCAGGGAGAGCGUCUUUCCCAGCCCGCAGACCAUGCGACUACGCAAACACAUCAAGAAGUUUGCCAAAGCUGUGCCGAAGAGCCCCGCCCAGCUCCGUCUGGCCCAGGAACGGCUCCGACGUGGAAGAGAGCUGAAUGCCAGGCGGCGUCUGUUCACUGCGAGGCCGGCGUCUGGCGGGCUGCGUCUCAGAGCUCCUUGGAGGAAGGUCAGGGCCCUCGGGACGUACAGAACCACUCUGCUCAGAGUCAGAGAAAAGUUCCUCACCUGGACCCUCAGAGCCAAGCAGCCCAACAGGCUGAUCUGGAGGAGAAGCCUGGUGGAGGAAGGCAACUCACCUCACCAGGUUUGGCCUUCUGCUCAGAUCAGGGAGGAGCUCACCAGGUCUCCACAUCACCACUGUCUACCUGCCUCCUCAGAGACCAGUCAUCCCUGCAGCCCCGACCAGCUGACAGGCCUCACCAAACAGCAGCGUCUCAGCUCUAAAGCCUGGAGUCCAGAGAGACUGAAGGAGUGUUGCGUGUUCCUCAAGAAGAUCAACUCUCCCGACACAGAGUCCACCGUUGAGAAGGAGUGGGACGUCUGCACCGUCAAUCUAGACGACACAUACUGCCCCGACGAGACCAGACAGGAGGAGAGGAGCGGAGAGGACGACAAAGCUGUGAAAACGGAGAGAAGGAAGAGGAGAGUUCCCUGGAAGGAGUCUAGCGGCUCGCCGCAGGAGGUGAUGGUUCAGGAGCACAACCAGGUCCGAGCCGGGAACAGGAGAGGCAAACAGAAAAAUUCAGGGAAGGCCACGAGCCAAUCACCGACCCCGCCGCCAGCGAAAGCCACGAGCCAAUCCCCGACCCAGCCGCCAGCGAAAGCCACGAGCCAAUCACCGACCCCGCCGCCAGCGAAAGCCACGAGCCAAUCACCGACCAGGCCGCCAGCGGAAGCCACGAGCCAAUCACCGACCCCGCCGCCAGCGAAAGCCACGAGCCAAUCACCGACCCCGCCGCCAACGAAAGUCAUGAGAAAAUCGCGUGGGAGGGGCCUGACCGGGCCGCGCUGGCGUGACUUUAUACUGGGAACCUGACUGUCCUCCGUCCCGUCCCCACGGUGACUGUGUUGUAACUGUAUUGGCGGGACGCUCCUCCCUCCGUCUCCACGGUGACUGCGUGUAAACAACUCGGUGCCUUCAGACUGCCCCUUGGCAUUAUGUAGCAGAAGGAAAAGUUUAACCAGAAGAAGCUUACCAUUGCACUAUUUUUAAACUAUUCAGCCCCCACCCCCCCAAACACACACUGCUUUAAAAAAACCAAACUGUGUUUGUACAGAAUGUUUGUUUUUAAAACUUUGACACACCUUUCUUCUGCCUUGUCUGAUACAACUACCAACCCAUCAAGUUCUGUUGUAAUGAGCCUGGAGGUCCGUUUGGGAGAGUACACAUUCAAACCCUGCGUCUACAAUGGCACCCUAUUCCCUAUAUGUAGGGCACUAUUUUAGACCAGAGCUCUAUGGCACCCUAUUCCCUAUAUAUAGGGCACUAUUUUAGAUUAGAGCCCUAUGGCACCCUAUUCCCUAUAUAGUGCACUACUUUAUACCACAGCCCUAUGGCACCCUAUUCCCUAUAUAGUGCACUACUUUAUACCACAGCCCUAUGGCACCCUAUUCCCUAUAUAGUGCACUACUUUAUACCACAUCCCUAUGGCACCCUAUUCCCUAUAUAGUGCACUACUUUAGGCCAGAGCCCUAUGGCACCCUAUUCCCUAUAUAGUGCACUACUUUAGACCUGAACAUUAUAUGGCCCUGGUCUAAAAUAGUGCCCUAUAUAUAGGGAAUAGGGUGCCAUAGGGCUCUGGUCUAAAAUAGUGCCCUAUAUAUAGGGAAUAGGGUUCCAUAGGGCUGUGGUCUAACAUAGUGCCCUAUAUAUAGGGAAUAGGGUGCCAUAGGGCUCUGGUCUAAAAUAGUGCCCUAUAUAUAGGGAAUAGGGUGCCAUAGGGCUGUGGUAUAAAGUAGUGCACUAUAUAGGGAAUAGGGUGCCAUAGGGCUGUGGUAUAAAGUAGUGCACUAUAUAGGGAAUAGGGUUCCCUUUGGGUCUGAUUCUCUCCUCCAUGAUGUGUGCACUUCCCCUCGUGGAUUUAUAAACAUUAUAGAUGUAAACAUUAGUUUGGGAGGGAGUUUCACCUUCAGCUUGGGAGGGAGGGAGUUUCACCUUCAGCUUGGGAGGGAGGGAGUUUCACCUUCAGCUUGGGAGGGAGUUUCACCAUAUUACCUAACACUAGUCCACGUUAGAUCCAUGAGGGAGGGACAGUUCAGUGUGGUAGGUGGCAGAACUGAACUAGGUUUUUAGUAUGCCACGGCAGCCAUUUUGUAAUGUGUGUCGGCUGCAUUAAAGAAGCAACACCACGAUCCCCUCUCCCCCCUCCAAAACAACAUGCCUCACGAUCUAACGGCUCAACCAGCAGACUGGAGCUGGACCGCCGCGGCCCCGAUGACAACAUACACCCCCCCAUAGUGUCAAACUCAUUCCACUGGAGGGGUCGAGUGUCUGUGGGUUUUCGUUCCUGAUUUAAUUGAAUUAAAAAGGUCACUAAUUUGUAAGGAACUCCCCCCUCACCUGGUUGUCGAGGUCUUUAAUUGAAAGGGGAAAAGCCAGCUGUCACUAGGGCCCUGCUUGGAAUCAGUUUGACCCCCCCCCCCCUGCCCUAUUUAGUGCCCUACCAGAGCCACUCCGGUCAAGAGUAGUGCACAAGGUGCUAUUUGUGACUUAAACCCUACUUACUUCAUAUCGACUCUGUCCAGAAGCUACGGGCUCAUCUCGAAGGACACCGUACACCCGACGUAGCACACGACUCUGGGCCGUUGCGUGGUGAAGAGGACGUGACGCAGGAUGUCUUUCAGUACGGCCCGGGAUCCGGGGACCACCUUCUAGUGUGACGUUUUAAAGCUAAUGUGAUCUCUGCUAACGGGGAACGUUGCCUUGAAGCCUUCUGUCUUCUAAACAAUGUUGUCGUUGUUGUUGUUGGGCUUUUCUGUCUGUUCUUUGGUUUCUUAGUUUUCACCCAGAGCAUUAAUGAAUUAAACAUGUGAAUGAAAUCAGA